AUCUAUAAAAAGUUAAUUAAAAAUAUGGUGUUUAUUUUCACGUACGUGCUCGCAUAAAUGCUAAAAGUCAUAAAUAAAUAAAUAGGUUCGUUAUCACAGUGAAGUAAUUCCUAACUACCGCUCUAGUGAAAUAAAGAACAAUUAAUGACCAUGUUAGUGCCGAGUGUAAGGAAAUAAGUGUGUGGUGAAUAAUUAAGAUUUGUGCGAAGUGUGUACAAUGAUGGCCAGUUGAUGUUGAUCGAACCCGCACGGUCUGCAAGAUGGUGGCUCGAGGGAGAGGGCGCAUGCUCUCCAUCCUCUUCAGCGCGCUGUUGCUGGGAAGGGCUAUUGCAGUUCGUGGGCACGCAGAGGUGCGCGUGGAGUUACAAAUGGAGCGGUGGGCGGCGCGCGGCGGCGCGGUGCGGCUGCGGUGCGUGCACGACGUGCCGGCCCAUCUGCUUGACAAAGUGGUCUUCCUCCGGCACGGCACCAAAAUCUUCCAGUACAUUAGAGACAGGAAACCGCCUUAUAGAAACUUUACUACCCCCGGAGCCGUGCUCAACAUCGCCUUAGCUACGGAAAACUCUAUAAUCCUGCAGAACUUGGAUUUCGCAGCGAGUGGCAGCUACUCGUGCGAGGUGUCACUCGACACACCUAUCUUCACCAAAGCCUCAACAGAAAAACAACUCACAGUUUUCCAUCCUCAGAAGCAUCAUCCCAGGAUCGACUUCCCCACGCGUUACCUGAGCUUCGGGGAGACCCUGCGCGCUAACUGCACUACAGCACCCGCACUGCCCGCCCCUCACAUAACAUGGUUCAUCAAUGGAAGAAAGAUGGACGAGUUAGUGGCCCACUCACACAAGUUCCGCGUGCCCAUGAGCGAGCGCAACGGUCGCCGAGGCUUGCAGAGGACCUUCGAGUACGAGGCCGGGUUCAGCAGCCCUCCCCCCCUGUUGACUCUCACUCACGCCUCCCACGUCGCCACCAGACCACCCGGCUGCAGUUUGAAGGAAACUCAGAUGGCCGAAAUAAAAGAACAUGAAGAGCUGAACGUGAUCCACAUGAGCAGUCGACACAAGAGCCGUAAGCCUGGCAAGAGGGACCUCUACGUCACCGUGUCAGAACUGCAGAUAGUAGCCACGGGAAGACUUGAGAUCACCUGUGUCAGCACGAUACCAGAGUUUAGGAGUAUCGAGGAUAAGUUCGCUGAUGUUAGAAACGAUACUGUUAUAGUUGACGUGAUCAAGCCCUCAACGUUAGCUCAGCCAUCCGCCAACCUCACAAAGGCUGACUCCAGUACUUCAGGAACUCCCAGAAAGUCUAAAAACCUAUAUUCAACUCUAAUGUGUAUUAUCUUAAUUUGCUUGCUCACGGUUGCUUGAUAGGACAAGUCGUUAAAAUUAAAUAAUGGGCUGUGAUAAAAUAUGUAGAAUGUUCAUAAUACUUUUAACAUAAUAUUUAACGCGUGAGUGAAAAUGUGAAUAUGCUAAUCGUGUACAGGCACAAACAAAUUAUUUAGAUUGAUUAAGUAAUUGUAAGACUAUGUUGAUAUCAAUCGGUUCUUUUUAUUAUGUUGCAAUCAAAGAAAACUUCGAGCCCAGUUAACUUAAAGGUUAAACGUAAAUACAUGAGAUUUAGCCCCAGAUUCUUGCCGAUAAAAAAUGGAUGCAACACAUAUAAAUACUGUAACAAAACGAGUGUGAGGAUUGCCAUUGUUGUGCCUAGACAUUUUUCAAGUCGCCAAAACUAAUGACAUAUCAUCUCCUUGAGAGAACAUUAUUUCUAAGUAAUGAUUGUGUGUGAUGUAAUGAUUCUAUGAUGAUAUCCACCUCUAGAUAUUAUCUACCUACUUAAGAAACCGAAGUGCUUGAGUGUCUUAUGUUGAGCUGUACAAUUAGAUAGUACGUGAUUUGUGACAUAAUAACAAUUCAUUAUUAUGAAUAGAAAUCGGAUUAUACACAAUACUACCUACUUAUCGAAAUAUUGAGAACCACAACAAUGAUCUGCUGACAACUUAACGCUUUUUUUCGAUAGGUUACAAUCGGUUGUGUCGAAUUGUGAAAUGGCAUGCGACAAAAACGCACCUCGUUUUAAAUUGUAGCGUAUUCGUAAACCAGAUACCCACAAACCUACGUACCUACGUUACAAGUGUAAAGGUGUCUGAAAUCUACUACAGAUUCAUGCACAGGUCUGCCAAAAAUAAGGACUACCUAUACAUACAUAUUUUCUUUAUGUAUAUAGUAAUAAAAUAAAUGACAGACAUAGCUGAUACCUACCAUAAAAACGAGUUUGGAACAUACAAGUCUACGAUCAUGACCAAACGACAAAAGCAAAAUGAUCUGGAUUUCCAACUUUAGGAAACAGCAUUUUUCCUGAAUAGUACGUUUAAAACGUACAAUAACGUACCCACCAGGGUUGUGAUACGUUAAAACAUCGCUAAAUUACAAUUGAGUCAUCAUCCCAUCUUGUAUAGGUCGCCUAUUGCCAAUGCAAUCAAGUGGGAUCAAUUAUUUAAAUUGUUAAGAAUGAGGUACGGUAUAGGCAUACGUAACAAGAGCAUUUAUUCUAAAUAUAUAGAAAAUUCUAUACUAGGUACUUAUUUAUGAUAUGAAUUGUUCUUAAUUCCUGCUACCUGUGUUUAUUUUUCGUAUAGGAAAUACGAACCUUAAUAAUGUCUAUAGUGUUACGUAAACCAUAACAACAUGGUAACGUUGCUAUCCAAGUAAAUAACGUUGCAUUCUAUUUUACUGACCUAUAGUUGCUUAUUUUUUUAUGCAAAAUAAUCAAAUGAAA